AUGCGUUCGAUUGGAGGCAAAAUUAUUAUUACAGCCGUUCUUUUGGUGAUUAUUUUUGAAUUCGAUGUCGUGUCUUGUACUAGACCUGGAGGAAGACAGAGAGUACAGGUUAAUAUGCGUGCGAAGUUUAUUAUCAGUAUUUUAUGGACCCUAAUUUUCUUUAUCAAUUUUCAAAAACCCAAUAUGUUCGGACCUAAAAGGGUUUAGCAAAAAUUUAGCCACCGGACAGAAUUCGAACCCGCGCCCACGUUCACCAUAUAUAGAAGCUCUAACUAUGAUCUACCCUGAG